AGAAAAAACAAAAAAAAGUAAAACAAUUAAAUAAAGUAAUAUAUGAGCUAAUUUAAUUUUGAUUCAUAAACUUAAGGAAUAGAAUCUUAUUCAAAAGAUGUUUAAUAGGACUAAGAACUUUCUGACAUAAGCUUUUGCCCUAAAAAACUGGAGUAACGCUACCUAAAUUUAUACUCAAGUAAUCAUAGUUCUCAGAGCACUGCUUCAUAUUCUCUAAAUGAUCUACCUAUAUAAUAUUAUGAAAAUAAUGAGAGUGCUAGAUAAUAAUAGAUUUGUGGUGGUUUUUCAUCUUCAGAGAGUAAUCAGAACAGCUUGAGCGAAGGUUAAUAUUAAAAAAGUAUUUUAUCUUAGAGAAGUGAAAGCAUAGAGUGUGUAUCAAACUUGUAAAACAAUCAAUUAUAAGAACAAAAUUAAAAUUCGACUUUCAGAUGUUUCAAAGACAAUGAUCAAAAUAAAUAUUCUAAUUGCAAUGUAGAUAAUUGUAUAUGUCAACUAUUUUAUAUCUUAGAUGUAACUAAACCAAAUUCUUUUAUUUUUGGGGGAGAACAAAACAGCAUGGAAGAGUUUACAGACUAACAAAACUAAUAAAUCGGAAGUGAAAAUUAACAUCAAUAAAUUUAAAUAAACCCUACAUAAAUAUUUAAUUAACCUUUGAAAGAUAAUUAACCUUAAUACGAAAAAAGUUCUUUAAAUCAGAAUUAAAUGAUUUUUAAAGAAACUUAAGUCUAAUAACCAUCUUAACUAAAGAAAUGGAAGUGGAGUGCAGCUAAGUUAAGGGCUAAAGAAAAAAAUAAAUUUGCUUACACUGAUUCUAAUUCUUGUAAUGAAUGCAAAUUACGUUAUGCAAACCUUGGUGCAUUGAUUAACCAUGUAAAAAGAGAGCAUAAAGGUGAAGAAACUUCUAAAUUUCAAAUGAAACGAAACACAACUAAAGGUAGACCACCUAAACAAAAAAAUAACUUAAGUACACAUAAAAAUUGA